AUGAGUCGUGCCUGCACUCCGGCUCUCGGGCUCGGCGAGGACACCCAAGUAGUGCCCGAUAAGAAAGCGAAUAGAGGCGAUUCUGGGCCUCACAAUGUCGUGCUGUCGCCGCCACUUGAGCCAGCGGAUGAAGAACACGAGCACGCAUCUCCAUCGUCAGUGGUGUUGCUCUCCUGCAGCAGCGACGACACAGAGGUCAUCUGCUGUACUCAGCUCAAAGGUGCAGCAGCUCCCAUACCGUCGCCACUGCAGCUGCCCUUGACGCAAGCACGACUACUGGCGCUGCAGCCAUCGCCAUCGGACCGCAAUCUCGCCGCACUGGCACCUACGAAUCCCACGGCGACUUUCAACGACGGACAACAAACUGGCACGAUGGUGGCGGGUGUCACCCAUCCCGGUAACGACACAAUUUACGCCAAGAAAGCGCACCGGGAGCGGGUGAUGUCGUGGUUAGCAGGCACAUCUGCAAGCCCCAACCAUCCACUAGGCACUGCUGACGAUGAAACCACCGACGGUGCGCCUUGCAGCUCGGGAGUACAAGACGGGCCACACACACCUCCCCCUCCCCAUUCAGUGACCUCAUCCGCACUUGCUCUGUAUGACACCUCUACGCAGCCCCUCUUACUCCCUUCUUCCGGUUCCGCCUGCACGGGCUUCUGCUCUCCGCCAGGUGCUGAGUCAUCUCUACAGUUAGGUGGGGUGCCGUCGGGGUGCGUGCUCGACGCCAAAACGCCGGUACGCUGCUCCGCCACCGAGAGGGCUGAAGACAGCGACGACAACACUUCACCAGCGACACGGAGCGCGCCUCUGCGACAGGCAAGAGUGCCAGAGAGAGACAGCGAUUACCGCGACGCGUGCUGCACGCCACCACACCCGUGGCGUCCGUCGGUGCUACAUGCACACAGCGUGCAGGAAGUACCGGUAGCCGCGUCAGACAGGUCAGCAGUUUCUAUGGAUCGAGGCUCGCCGAGGCGCACACCGCCGCCACUGCCCGCAAUGCUGUUACCUUUCAUGACCUCUCCGCUACCACGGCGGCCGUCCGUUGAACUGGGGCCGGCGAAGGAGCGCUCCACCCACUCUCCAGCUCUGUCAGCAGCCUUACGCGAUGCGAAAAAUCGAGAAACACGGCAGGAGUCGUCGGUGCCGCUCUCCAUGCAGGCAGCCGUCGCGACCGCCUCAGUGUCACGCGCCACAAGCAGCCACGGCAACAGUGAAAACGAGAUUACGCUGCGGGUGUGCACGCUCUCCGGCCUCACGCUGCGUGUAACAGUGGACCAGCGUUUAAGUGCUGCUGUGCUGGCGCAGCGCGUGGCUCAGUACUUGCAAUUGCGAGGAGCACAGGUGCAGCUCAAGUACACGCGGACUGGCGAUGUGUUCGACGCAGCGUCGACUACCGCCAAGGGAAUCGAGACAUCGACGGCUAAGACGAAUACACGACUCUGUGACCUUCCGGGACUUCAGCCCUCUGAUGUCUUUGUAGUUCUCCUCCGCGCACAGCGGGGUGAGCCAUCAUCAUCUUCGCCCUUGCCGUCUCGUCUAUCGGCAGCCGGGGGACAAGCGGAUCGCACCCCCUCUUCCAGGGCCUCUUCGGCGUCGUCUGUAGUGCGUCUGUCUCGCCGCCCUGCCACUGCCGCGAAACGGCCGCAUCAAAGCACGCUGGCACCGUCGCAGCCAGCCCUCACCAUCGUAGAGUCACCACCUCCUCUGGCCAGAGCGCACAAAACGAGCGGCAUACGUACAGACGCUUCGGCGCCGUCACUGAAAUCUGAGCCGCCGCCCUUAUCUAAUAGGCUCAGUUCCGACACCCGCUGUCCACCGCUCACCACCCCCUCACCUGUCGGUGCAGUCCCUGUCGUGCACCCGAGAGAAGGAAGGCACAGGUGUCUUGGCACAGAGACGCGCUUGUCGCUGACGCCGGCAGUUGCUCCUGCGGCAGGUGGGGCGUCUGCCAGCCAGGCGGCUGCCCCGACAGCUGCUAGUGGAUAUGCAACGAGUACCCGAAAGAGAGAAAGAGCGGGACGCCUGUCAGCCAGCUCGUAUUGCCAUCCCCCCUUGACUCGAUCUCAAACACACCACCUGUAG